GCUACUAAACAGAUAAUAAAAUCCGCGCAGUUAACACGCCUUCUUCUUCGACUUCCACACCACAAACCCAGCCAAUUUUGUCCUCUCUCUGAUCUUCUUCUUCUCAACUCCUCAUAAAACCUCACCAUGAAAUUCCCUUAAAGCCCACAAAUCCUGGCUAUGGUCAUGCAAACCCCACUUUCAUCGACGCUGAGUGCCCAAAACCACCCAUUUUUGCAUUCAAGAUCAAGAAUUUCGCUUCCCCAUUUUGUAUAAUUUUAAUCUUGGAGUGUUUGUUUGAGCUGGAAAUCAAACAAAAAAGUUGAAGCCUUUGGGUGAGUUGUUGUUAUCAUGGUUUCUCUGGAAGAUUCUCGGUCUCUCUCGAAUUCUAGCUCCAACAGGUUCAGCCAAACGCGGCCUUGUUACUACUACACUCCGCCGCCGCCGUCGUCCAUCAAAAUCCACUGGUCUAUGGGCCGCUCCAUGCGCACUUUCCGGUCUAAUCUUUAUCAAGCCGGCGGGGAUGGUUCUGAGAACUCCGGCGAUUUAUCCGAGAAUCUGAGCGAUUCGGUUGUCGAUGUCCGUCUCGGCGAGCUCGCUAGUAAGCCGGCAUUCAAUGAAAGCUCCGGUUCAGAAGAUAAUUACCUCGAGAUAUCGCAAGCUUUAAGCGAUUUUUCCGCGUGCAGCAGCGACAUUUCCGGGGAGUUACAACGGUUAGCGACACUUCCGGCUUCCGAUCCGGUCGAGAACCGGGACCCGAACACGGAGCCGGAGCCUUGCGACGGGUUUCUGGAGAGAGAGACGUUCUCGACGGAGAUUAUCGAGAGCAUAACGCCGGAGGAUCUCCAGCCGACGGUGAAGCUCUGCGUCGACGCGUUAUGCUCGUCCUCGGUGGCCGUGAAGCGAUCGGCGGCGGCGAAGUUGAGGCUUUUAGCGAAGAACCGAGCCGACAAUCGGGCUUUGAUCGGAGAGUCCGGUGCGAUACAGAAGCUCGUGCCGCUGCUCCGCUGCUCCGAUCCCUUGACUCAAGAGCACGCCGUCACGGCGCUCUUAAACCUCUCUCUUCACGAGCCUAACAAGGCCAUUAUCACCAACGCCGGCGCGAUUAAAUCCCUGAUUUACGUGCUAAAAACCGGCACGGAGACGUCGAAACAAAACGCCGCGUGUGCUCUCCUGAGCUUAGCUUUGUUAGACGAGAAUAAGCUCUCAAUCGGCGCCUGCGGGGCUAUUCCGCCAUUGGUGGCUCUGCUCGUAAGCGGGUCGAAUCGGGGAAAGAAAGACGCUUUAACCACGCUGUAUAAGCUCUGUUCGGUGAAACUGAAUAAGGGGAGGGCGGUAACCGCCGGCGCUGUGAAGCCGCUUGUGGGGCUGGUGGGAGAGCAGGGGACUGGGCUGGCAGAGAAGGCUAUGGUGGUGCUUAGCAGCUUGGCUGGGAUCCAAAGUGGCCAAGAUGCUAUUGUGGAAGGGGGAGGAAUUGAAGCCCUAGUGGAGGCCAUUGAGGAUGGCUCUGAUAAGGGAAAGGAAUUUGCAGUCUUGACGCUUUCCCAGUUGUGUUCGGAUAGUGUUAGGAACAGGGCAAUGCUUGUCAGGGAAGGUGGGAUUCCUCCCCUUGUUGCCUUGUCUCAGACUGGAACUGCUAAAGCUAAGCACAAGGCUGAAACACUUCUCCAACGCUUGAGAGAGCCAAGGCAGGAAUCUUCUACAUCGACUCCUUAAAGAGGUAGUUUAGAUGGUCGUCUAAUGUAUUUUAAAGUGGUUUGUUGUACAUAGGAUGUGUUUGUUGAGUUUGUAUAGAGUGGUUGAGAAAAUUGGAUGACAGUACAGAGGUGUGGAAAUAAAGAGAAUAGAUAGGAUGUAGUGAUGAAAGAAAGCUGACUUUAUAGGUGUAUUAUUAUUGGAUUAGGUUUUUAGAGGGGGUUUCGUUUCUCCCUUUUAACCGAUAUAUCGGACUAGAGCUUGUUUUUCCUGGAUUUGUUUUUGGGUUUCGGUGAGAGCAUUUGGAUAUAUAUAUGUGGGAGGGCAACAUUCGGGAUUGCUAGUUAUAUAUGUCUGAUUUUAGCGUGUAAAGAAACUAGCUUGGUGGGUUAUUCUUGUGUUUGAGUUAUGAAUAAUGUAUGGAAUAUGUUGAUAUAUU